UCAAUAUUUUCGGAAUGAGGCAGGCAGGUCAAUCACUACAACCACUGGACAAGCACCAAUAAGUCCUGUAGUUGACACCGAGCAAUCAGACGCAAUGGCUUCAAACAACCCUACUCAAAUCUUCGCCGACGAUGUACAAGAGGAAAAAGGUGAAAAUGCCCGUCUCUCCGCGUUCGUGGGAGCCAUUGCGGUGGGCGACCUGGUCAAAUCUACCCUGGGUCCCAAAGGAAUGGACAAGAUCCUUCAGAGCGCCAGCACUGGCGACAUCAUGGUGACGAACGAUGGAGCAACAAUUCUGAAGUCAAUAGCCCUUGACAACGCCGCUGCAAAAGUGCUCGUCAACAUUUCCAAGGUCCAAGAUGACGAAGUCGGAGACGGGACUACCUCUGUUACAGUCCUCGCCGCAGAAUUAUUGCGAGAAGCAGAACAACUUGUCAAUCGCCAUAUACACCCACAGACAAUCAUCGAAGGAUACCGAUUAGCUUCCCAAGCUGCCCUGCAAGCCCUAGAACGAACCGCAGUCGACAACAGCAAAGACCCUCAAGCCUUCCGACGAGACCUUCAAGCCAUUGCCCGGACCACCCUCUCAUCCAAAGUCCUAAGUCAAGAUCGCAAUAAAUUCGCCGAUCUGGCUUGUGAUGCCGUCCUACGCCUCGGGGGAUCAAUUGACCUAAAUCAUAUCCAGAUCAUCAAAAAGCAUGGUGGGAAGUUAAGCGACAGCUAUCUGGACGAAGGAUUUAUUCUGGACAAGAAGAUCGGCGUCAAUCAACCAAAGAGAUUGGAAAAUGCAAAGAUCCUCGUUGCUAAUACGGCCAUGGACACUGACAAGGUCAAGAUUUGGGCGUCGAGAAUGAAGGUCGGAUCGCCCAAAGAACUUGCUGAGCUGGAGAAGGCCGAAAAAGAAAAGAUGAAACAAAAAGUGGAACGCAUCAAAGCACACGGAAUCAACUGUUUCAUCAACAGACAACUCAUCUAUAAUUGGCCCGAGCAGCUCUUCACCGAAGCUGGGAUAGUGAGCAUUGAGCAUGCCGACUUUGACGGCAUCGAACGUCUUGCCCUCGUUACUGGCGGAGAGAUUGCGUCUACAUUUGACCAUCCGGACCAGGUAAAACUCGGUCAUUGCGACUUGAUCGAGGAGGUCAUCAUCGGCGAGGACACAUUGAUCAAGUUCUCCGGCGUAGCGGCCGGCGAAGCCUGCACCAUCGUCCUUCGUGGCGCAACAGAACAACUUCUUGAUGAGGCAGAGCGGUCGUUGCACGAUGCUUUGGCCGUGCUAUCACAGACAGUCAAAGAACCUCGCGUCACUCUUGGUGGCGGAUGUGCCGAAAUGGUCAUGGCCAAAGCUGUGGACUCACUGGCGCAGAAAGUUGGCGGCAAGAAACGCAUCGCCAUUGACUCGUUCGCCACGGCGCUGAGACAACUACCUACCAUCCUUGCAGAUAAUGCUGGGUUGGACUCGUCGGCGCUUGUAUCGGAGCUAAGAAGUGAGGUGUACCGUGGCAUGACGAGUAGCGGGCUCGACCUGCUUACGCCCGGCGGCGGCAUUGCCGACAUGCGCGAACUCGGCGUCAUCGAGAGCUACAAGCUGAAACGUGCGGUCGUCAAUUCCGCAAGUGAAGCUGCUGAGCUGUUGCUGAGAGUCGAUAACAUCAUUCGUGCGGCCCCGAGGAGGAGAGAACGCAUGUGAAGCCCUCACCCAAUGU